UUAAAGUUUUAACAAACACUGUAUUGUAUUCCUAUAUAUCAUAUGAUUUGUUUGAUAUUUUUAUUGUCAAUUGUUUUGGCAAUUAGUGUACAAAAAACACAUCACUUUUACAAACAAUCAUUCAUUUAGUUUCAGUAAAAUCAUAAUUUGAUUGAAUUGUUUGCCAAACAAUAUGUGGUUUUACUUAUUAUUCGUUGUCUUCAUUAUAAUCAUUGGAUUAAUAUUAAGACAUUUAACAUCAAACAAGAGACUUGAUUUGCGCGACAAACACGUGUUAAUAACGGGCGGCACUAAAGGUAUUGGAUAUUCUCUGGCCGUAUUGGCCAUUGAAAGCGGUGCCAAUGUAUCGGUGAUUGCACGCAAUGUGGACGACCUCGAGAACACUAAAAUGUCUUUACUUAAGAAGUGCAACACCGAUGCCAAACAAAAGGUUAUGACCUUUUCUUUGGACGUGACCUCAGAUAUAUACGAUAUGGAGCGGAUGAUUACCGAAGCCGAAUCGGUCAGUGGACCGAUAAAUAUGUUGAUGUGUUGCGCGGGAACGGCAGUCAGUAUGCGUUUCGAUGAAACUCCUGUUGAAGAGUUCCGUCGAAUGGUUGAUAUUAACUAUUUGGGAACUGUUAGUGUAAUCAAAGCAUGUCUACCGUCGAUGAAGACCGCGGGCGGCGGUAAUAUUGUACUCUUUUCAUCCAUUGCCGGAAUCUUUGGUCUCUACGGGUUUGGUGCGUAUUCACCGACAAAGUUUGCUAUCGUCGGCUUAGCCCAAGUGUUAGCUAUGGAGUUAAAGUCACAUAACAUAUCGGUUACCGUUUCCUAUCCGCCGGACACUGACACUCCUGGCUUUGCAAACGAACAAAUCAAUAAACCAAUUGAGACUAAACUUAUAUCAGAUUCUGGCGGACUAUACUCUCCCGAUAUUGUGGCCAAACAUACAUUAACCGAUGCUCUCUCUGGCAAAUUUCACUCAACAGUCGGUUUUGAGAGUUGGAUGGUUAGGACGUUGUGCUGUGGUAUGAGUCCAUUCACAUCAACUAUUGAAGUCAUUCUUCAGGUUCUAACAAUGGGUUUGUUCCGAAUCGUUGGAAUUAUAUUUUUGGCAAAAUGUGAUUCAAUUAUCAAGAAAUGCACUCAAGAGAAACAAAUUAACAAAAAGUGUGAUUAA